AUGCUUAGUUCAGCUCGUUUUGAAAAUAGUCUGAUAUCACCUGGUUGUACAAUUAAUGGUACUGUUAUUCGAUCAAUUCUUGGACCAGGUUGCAUUGUUGAUGCAGGAGCAAUUAUACGUGAUUCAAUUCUCUUCGAUGAAGUUCAUGUAGAAGAAGGAGCAACUAUUGAACGAUCGAUAAUUGAUGAAAAAGUUGUUAUUGGUAAACAGGCACUCGUUGGAGGUGGAGCAAAGAGAGAUAUAACAAUGAUUGGAAAAAAAAUUAAGAUUGCUCCAGGUACACAUGUACCAGCUGGAGAAAAAAUUAGUCCUAAAAGAAUAAAGGAUUAA